AUGAAGACUGAGUGGAGUGGUGAAGUGAAGAAUUUGUGAUAAAUUUUGAACAAAUUAAAAGAUAUCUAAAAAUAUUUUCUGUCUCGAAAAUAUUUACUACAUUAAUUGAUAAUUGGAAACAUUCAAGAGUAAUCUCAGCUGGGGUUUUAAGAAGUUUAAUUUUUAAGUUAAAUAUGAAAUGAAGUUUUAAAGUGUUUGCUCAAUAUUUAUUAGAGUUUAGAUAGGUGUAGUUUUGUUGUUGGUGUAUGUAAAAGUGUAAUAAAUGUGUGAUCGGUACCCGGGAUACCUUUUUGGUGGCACUCCUGUCAGCAGUUGGGACAGGGGUUUCAAUUCCUUGGAGAAUCAAAUCCAACAGCAAUACAGAGUCCGUUCAGGCGUGCCGAGGUGCUGGGGCAGCAUGUCGGAGGGGGGCGGGGUGUCGGCCGCCGGCGGGGACUCCGCCAAGACCAACCUCAUCGUCAACUACCUGCCGCAAACGAUGACCGAGAAGGACCUUUAUGCCAUGUUCAUGACUGUUGGCCCAAUCGAGAGCUGCCGUGUUAUGAAGGAUUUUAAGACUGGCUACAGUUACGGGUUUGGAUUCGUCAACUUCACUCGCGAGGAGGACGCGGCGCGCGCGAUAGACACCUUCAACGGGUACCAGCUCAGGAACAAGCGAUUAAAGGUAUCAUACGCCCGGCCGUCAGGCGACGACAUAAAGGAGACGAAUCUAUACGUGACCAACCUUCCUCGCGCCAUAACCGAAGACCAGCUGGAGACUAUAUUCGGCAAGUACGGCAGGAUAGUGCAAAAACACAUCCUGAGGGACAAGAGCAACGGCACUCCCAGAGGGGUCGCCUUUGUUAGAUUCGACAAAAGAGAAGAAGCGCAAGAAGCGAUAGCUGCGUUAAACAAUGUGAUACCAGAGGGCGGCACUGAGCCCCUCAGUGUUAAGGUUGCCGAAGAGCAUGGUAAGCAGAAAGCGGCGUACUACGCCGGAUGGGCGGCGGGUUUCCACCACAAUAGAGCUUCAGUCCCGCACGUGCCGGUGCGCCACCACAGCCUCGACCAACUGGACAUGCUCCACAGACAAGAUUACACGACCAACUACGGAAUGUACAGCGGCUCCUCCAACCGCUUCCUCCGCCGCGACUUCUACAACCAGCCGUCUUAUAUGAGCCACCAUCGCCCGUUUUGAAAAGGGCUUUACUGCAAGAAGUUUCGCUUGUCCGAUUCGAGGAUAUAAGCGCGAUGGACCUUUCGUUUUCGUAGCGUAAUAUAUAUAGGUUAAGGCUUCGGGUGUUGCGGUGAUGCUGAGUUGUUAAAAAGGGCGGGAAAAGUUUUUUUCAGGGCCCGCGCACAUCCGGUCAUAGUCAAACGAGUGUACUAUUUGACAGUUGUGAGGUUCCACUAGCGCAAUCUAGUGAGCAAAACACGGAAAGGCCUCAUAACACUACACUUAAAUUUACUAAUAAAUAUAUUUUAAAUUAAAUUUUCAACACGAAAGCAAAUAAUCCAGAUUGUGUUGUUAACUAUAAGAAAUAAUUUUGUUUUAUUAAAACAAAAUAUAUAUAUAUUUAUUUCUUGUAAAAUAAUUAAUAAAUGUAAAUAAAAAAUGUUUUGAACAUUAACAAAAUCCCAAAUAUUAAUGUCUGUAAAAGCGAUUAUCCGCAACACCAUAAGUGAUAUUAUAGUUGGUUUGCGCUUAGUUCCCUCUCCACUGUUACACUCCAACGCUUUUUUUCAUAAUAUAAAAUAUUCUAGAAGUUUCGAGCGCUCCAAAAUGAUACGGUGUUUCCAGUUUCGUGGGCAAUUUUUGUCGGGAAAAUGAAUUGGUUUGACUCGACUGUGAUUCGCAAUUGUUAAUAGUUAUAAUUUUAUAGCAAAAAUUGUCCACAAAAUGAGAAAGUUUCGACUGAGGCGGUAUUAUUUGAAUCUAAACGUUACAAACGAGUAUGUUUAAAUUUAAACGGUUAAAAACACUAAAUAAAAUCGUGCUGAGUAUAUUACAUUACAAAUAAAAUAUAUAAGACCUAAGAUGGGCGUGGCAAACUAGUGUAUUGUCAGAUAACUACCUAAUGUGAAAAAAAAAUUUAGUUACAUUGUUAAAAGUUACUCGUUUUCGUGUAGUAUUUGUGAAGAUACCAUUUGAAAAUGUAAUUAUGUGCGACAACAUAAAUAACAAUAAUAUUUACACUAUAUAAACAAAAAAAUAACAGUAAAAUAGAACGAGGACCGAUGAUACAAAAUUAGAAAAAAAAAAACUCAACACUUUAUCGAAUAAUGAUCCUAAGUAUACAACUGAGGGACCCUGUCUCAGCACAAAACCCACUGUUAUAUUACUUGUAGAAUCUAGAAAAGUCUUAGACUUCGUAAUCUGCACUCGAGAUCAUAGACAAUGUAUAUAGAUUCCAUACGACUGUAUAUGAAUCUAUAUGUAUUCUGCAUUUUUAUAGGGUUACGCGCGGGUUUGGGCGAAUAUCAGAAUUUAUUCAAAAAUACGUUAUUUUUUAAAGUAAACAAAAGUAAUUAUAUGUUAAAUCAAUUUGUAUAAACUGUUUAGUGUUACUGCAUUCUUCAUAGAAAAUGUAAAAUUAAAUUCUUAGUCUAAAUUCGCGCGUAAAUAAAUUGGUUUUACUAACGUAAGUUAAACGUAAGUUGUGCUAAGGUCAAUUCGUUAAUUUUACUAUCACUGUGUACCGUUGGAAUCACGCACUUAUAAAAUUUUAUGAAGUUAACAUUCUGAUAUAACCUUUGAUAAUAAAUAACCUAAUAAUGAUAAAUAAUCUUUCCAGUAUAAUUUGAUUGUGGUGAAUUUAGAGAUUUUAGUAUGACAAUAUGAAACAGUACUCUAAAUUGUAUUAUGGAAUAUGUCAGUUUUUUUUUAUAAAUUGAAAGAUAUUUUUUUUUGUAUUUUCUUUUUGCUUUUGUCGCUGUAAUCAAAUAUAUGUGUUAUUAAAAAUAUUCAGUAUUGCAAAACAAUAAACAGUAAAGACUAAAAUUAAACAUCUAAAAUCGUUUGUGAUAAAACCUAUUUCUAUUUAUAAAAAUUGUAUUAUAAAAAAUAUUUAAAUAAUAUAUUCCGAACAGCAGCGCGCGCGACGGUACACCAGUAACGGCUUAUGAAAGAUAUAUGUGCUCAAUAGUUAUAUGAUCUGUGUAACAGCUAUACAUUACUUACUUGUAUAAACGUUUUGUUGAAAUAUAUUUACAAAUAACAUUGAUGUAAAACAUAAAAAAUACGUUCAAAUUAUAUUAUACUUAAAUUAGCGAAUGAAUAUUCGCUAUUAGUCAGAAGUUGCGAAUAAUUAAAUUGAAAUAUUUUAUUUCUCAAUUGUUGGUCAGUUUAAAAUUAGUUGCAGUACCCUAUAUAUAUCACGUAUCUCGUAGAUGACCCUAAAAUAAAUUAGGCAUAUUGAAUCAAUUUAAUACUACAUAUUCACUUCUACAGACUAAUGUAAACGGUUAGCAGAUUCUUCUAGAAUCAGGUAGAAAGUCUAUUUUUUCAUAUUUUGAAAUAAUUCAUUUGUGGUGAUACUGCGUAUCUUAAUAUAUAUAAAUUAUUUUUGUGUUUUUAUUUACGUAUAUCUAUUAAAUUAUACCCAUAUUGAAGAAAAGAAAAUCAAUCGAUUGAUACACGUUUGUUUAACCAUAUUUCAUUAUUUCCAACUGUUUUCGGUAUAAAUUAAUAUAAUUUCCUUUCCAAAAAUCGAAUUUGUGGUGAUUUUCUUCGAUAUCCGUAAAAAUAUACAUUUUUGUACGCACGAUGUCUACACAAAUGAAUUUUUGAAAUGCGACAGUAAAAUUUUUUAACUAUUGAAAGCUCCCGUAUAUACAUAAAUGUGUUUAUAUUCCUGAAUAUACGUAAAUAGUUGAUUUCCUUGUAUUGAUGUUAGUUCCUUAAAUUGUUUGACUCGAAUUAUACUGGAGGCUUGUUCUGGCAAAUAUUGUUUCGUUUAUAUUAUUUAAAAACAAUGUGAUCAUAAGAAAGGAAAUAUACGUUUAAUAUACGUUUAUGAAAUUUAAACAAAAACGUUGUAUAUAAUAAUGGAAUAUUGGGCUGAACACUUCAGAAAAUAGCGCAAAUAAAAAAAAUUGUGUUAUGUUAAUAAUUGUUUAUGGGAAAUUGACAUAGCAAACUUAGGUUCAGAUGUCUAACUUUAAUUAGUGGGUAUAAAUCUUGAUUUUUUAAGAAAUAUUUUAUGUAAUUUAUAAUUUCUACAAUAAUUUUAUUUGAAAUGUUGCAAAGAUUUUGCUUUUUAAAAUGUGUAUUGUGUAUUUCAACACAUUUCAAGAUAUUCCUUCAAUAACUACCUAAACAAACGUGUUUUAAGCAUGGAUUUAGUAGGUAAUCUUUACAAAAUCUUUUAAGAUUCGAAUUUUGAAUUUGAACCAUUUAAUUUUUUUUUGUUAUGCGCCAAAACAUGUCCAGUAAGGUUCGAGUUGUCACAUUGACAAUAUGCGACGGUGAUUCGAAUGUUCAGUAGUUGGUCGGAGUUUACGAGCGUUGUUCUUGUCACCGUAUCUCGGUACGCGAAUUACACUGUGGUGGGCAUAAUGGCCUUAGUAUUUUAAAAUUAAAUCUUUAUUACUGGUGUUGGAGGAUAUACUCCUCCAACACCAGUAAUAAAGAUUUAAUUCUGCAGAAAUGAAACUCGAACUGUAGUAGAAAAUCAGACUAUAUUUUGACACAUUACCAAAAUUUACAUUUUAACCGUAUAAGAAAUGAUGAUAACCAAUCACAAUGUGCGAUUCGUUUUACGUCGAUUGCCGCCAACAUUCAGUAAUGUGCUCUACAAAUUAUGCAAAAAAUAUUUUUGUUGGCUUGAUUAAAAUUGAAAAAUUUAAUCUAAUAAAAUAUACCGUGUAUCGGCAGAAUCGUAUAGUUUUGUUCCCUUCAUUAUUAAGACGAUCGCGACUCGAUGAGCGAGAUCAGAUAUUUUAAAAUAAAAAUAUGGAAUAUUUACAGAAGAUAAUUCAUUUUCUCGAUCCUUUGUGCCCAUCACACGUUUUCGUCCCUUCUUAGUGGUAAAUUAUUAUUGUAUAUUAAUUAUGAGAGUGUAGUGAUUUUACCUAAAAAUAUAAUGAUUCACUGUGGAUAUUCGAUAAUUGUAUUUAACAUUUUACUAUAUGUUAAUAAUCAUUAUUAAUUAUAUAUAUACUACGUCAAGUAAGAAUACCGUUCAGUAUUGUUUCUAUUUGGAAAUAUUAUCAGGUAUAUAAAUAGUGAAAAAAAAAGUAUUCCUAAUGAAAUUUAUAUAAAUACAUCCCUUUCAAAAUGUUCCCUAUAGCUUUAAGAUAUAUUGGAUAUUGUUCGACCGAAUUCUGUUAAGGUGACAUUUUAAAAAUUUCAA